AUGCAUGUGAUGGGACGUAGUCAGAAACUUCUGUCUGAGCAUACCUCUGUUGCCUUUGAGCUCCACAGAAGUGCUUGGUCACUAUCGUCGAAAAUCAGUGGUGCAGAAAGUGAAGAUAAGAAGGUUCUGAUUGAAGGAGGAAAUGGAAUAGGUUAUCAAGAUAUUCCACAUCCUUCUUACUUCAAAUUUCAAGAAGACAGGGUCCCGUCCCUCCUGAACUUGAACUCCACUCUCCGCCCUAACCUGCUCUGGUUCGAAUGUCCUCAAUCCGUUUUUACGGCUGACGUGAUGUACUCCAGGGAGCCGAUGAAUGCAAAUUUCGAGGGUUUCUGCAGUCGAACCCACGAACUGAUUCACCUCUUGAAUUUUCCUGGUAAGUGGACAAUAUUUGAACGAGGAUGAACGUGUUUUAAAGACUCUGUCACUGGAUAGUCAUAUAGGUUUAGGAAAGCAACCAUCGUCCAAGUCCACGAUCAAACUCUUGUAAAGAUGUCGAUGUGACGUAAUCCUUCGAGCUGAUCGUAGCUUGAAGCCACGCGAGAAGUCUACAGUGUUUUGGUAAAUUGUUUUGCUUCUAAAGCUCUGUGUGAAG